UUAUGAAUAAAUUUUUCUACGGCACCUGUAGUAUACGGUACCUGACAGUUUGGUCGGCUUAUAUUUGUAGAUCUUUUAUUGAACGCAAUCCAGAAAGGGUACACAAUGCACACAAACCUCAGAGAUAUAGGAUGGAUGUGUCACGUGGUUCCAUUGAAGAAGAAUAAAUCACCUGCAUUCAUGCCAGCCAUAUCACAGAUCCCUAUUCUGGGUUGCGCACCAGAAGAUUCAAACCCAAAAUCUGAGCCUGUUUCUAACAUAAAGUCUACGGACACGCCUUUCAUAAGAUUGGCUAAAAUGGGUGGCCGCCCAGACUUGCUAUGUUUUAAAGAGAAUGAACCAAACAAUGGACCUCCUCUGCCCUACUGCCGUUGUGACUGGUUUUAUCUGGAAGAUAAUGCCAAACACGACGAGGACACAAAGCCGCCCGCAACGAAGCAUGUUUUCAAAGUACCCUUCUAUAUGACAGACCAGGAGUGUAAACCAAAAGAGCAACUCACCAAACCAAUUGUUCAAUCCACUCCACCUGUUUUGCCACCAAGGAAACCAAAGAAGUGUGGGAAGUUGCCACCACACAGGCCCGGGUAUGCUGACUACAACCGAAAGCCUAGCAAAAUUGGCAUCGCCUACAGUCCCCCAGUUCGCAAAGAACCAAUUAGAUUUCCAAAGCGAAACGUUGAAGAGUGCAAUCCAACCACUUUGCCAAAAGUGCUGGCUAAUGCCUAUAAAUCCGACUAUGAUGAAUACAGGAAACAGUGGCAGGAAGUGAAGAAUUAUUAUAAAGAUAAAGAUUCCUGUGCGCUGAAAUUCGAACCACCAAGGCCGAGUAAACGAUCGCUUGGACCAAAGGGUAACGAUGUGGCCUACUAGUGGCACUGCGAAAAAUGUUCAGAGCAGAGCAACAAAAUCUUUCUUAGUAUUUCUGCCAAAAAACUGUCAAGAAAUGUGGUAUUGUGACGCCUUAUUGUAGUAUAUUUUGAGUUGCCCAGAAAGGCAUUUUGAAUCUAAUGGCUGCAUGUACAUUUGAGACAGUGCAAAACAUAUGUGAAUGGUGUAUUUUUUCUUCUGCAUAAUCCAGUCCAAAGUAUUUGGUUAGCAAAUUAGGAGGCUUUUCCUCGAAGUAAAACACUAUCAAGA